AAUACAGACAUCGUCACCCAGCGACUCCAUCAAUUACUUGCUCGACUAUCUACUGAGAACUCAAAAUUCAACCCUACACAAAAACAGAAUUUACUGACAAGUGCUCAUCAUUAUCAAUACCAAAAUCGAGAAUCCCUUGGCACCCUACCUAGAACAACACAACGACAUAUCAUAAGUCUGAAUAUGGGUGUCAAAGGUACCGAUGACUAUCUUACAGCACGCGCGGCCAACCCAAGGACCGGUCUGAUCAGUCCGAGUGUUGUGACGAAUCUGACUCCCAGGACGCCUAUGUCUCCCGCCGAAGCGCUUUCACUGUUCGGAAACGGCUAUGAGCCACCACGGACUUCAUCUCCAAAAGUUCGAAUGCCAGAAGAGCCACGCGCCACAAUAGCGAGACCAAGACCAGCAGGUCCAAGAGGCCGUUGGCGUCAAGACUCGACGGGAUGGAACAUGGAGCCAGACACGGAAGUCGGCUCUCCCAAGACCACUACGACCAUCCCAUCAGCUACGAGACCUGACUUCCAUGCAAACGAGGAUAGCUUUGUGAUUCCCAUGCCGACCGCCAAGGAUCCACAACCAUAUCGACAGGCAGACCAAGACAAGGCCGUACAGUACUACAAAGACAAAGCGCAACGACUAUCGCAUAAGGAAGGAAUGAAUGGCAGAAUGCACAGCAUCGGUGCUGGACCUCGCAAGUUUGCUCAAGCUACCAAGGCACUUCGAGACUUUAGCAAUCCUCGCUCUCAGACACCGGACGAAGAAGACACUUGCGCAAGAAAAGAAAAGGCAACUUCAUCUUCUCCACCAAUGUCUGCGGUUUCAGAGUUCUCUUCUUGCGAACCUUCGCGUUCAUCUCGGAAAUCUGUGUGCUCGCCACCACCUGGAGUUGAACGUAGAGACUCUGCCGUGAGUGUGCCAACUUCGACUCCUGCACGAGAAAAAGAAGCCUCAACCAGCCAGUGUGCCACUCUAGGAGGAGCCGAGCGUGCGCGAUCAAACUCGAACACUUCCCUUCGUGCCGGACAACACGAGAAGAGUGCACCCGUACCCCGCGAGUAUACCUCUACACCGCCUCCUCCUUACAGGAGCCACUCAAACACACCCUCUCUAUCUGGGGCGCCAAUCGCUGAGUCACUGUCCCCCCUCGAAACUCAGGUGGUUGGGUUCCUGGCAUGGGCAAUCAACCAAUUGUUCUGCAAACCAGCAUCGUCAACGCGUGAUGGUUCACCACAAGGCCAGAGUAUCGGUCUCAUUCAAGCCAUUCACAUACUAUCUGAUUCGACUACCAAGCCUAUAGAACGUUGGCAGGCGAUCAAAGCUUUGGCUUUUGUGGCGUCAAGGGCAACCAUGAUACUAUGCUGCCUAGCACUUGUCGUACGUAUUGGAACAGCCGUAGGAAGGGUGCUAGCGAUAAUGCUCUGGCCUGUCAGUAUAGUGUGGACAAUCGUAAAGUGGAUGCUAGGGUUUGCA